AUGGCGAUGGAGGAAGCGACGGCGGUGGCGGUGAGGUUGCAGGUAUUCGUGGCCGUCUUCUUCUUCUCGUUCUCGGCCUCUUUCGUGGGCCUCUCCCUGCUGCUGAAGCUGCUGCGGUCGCGGCCGUGGUGUGACUGCGACGUGUGCCGCACUUACGCCACCGGCGGGUGGGCGGCGGAGUUCCCCAACCUCUGCGACUGGUACACGGAGCUUCUCCGGCGAUCGCCGACGGGAACCAUCCACGUUCACGUUCUGGGGAACGUGAUCACGGCGAAUCCGGCGAAUGUGGAGCAUAUGCUGAAGACCCGAUUCGACAACUAUCCCAAGGGGAGGGCCUUCUCCUCCAUCCUUGGGGAUCUGCUGGGGAAGGGCAUCUUCAACGUGGACGGCGAGGACUGGAGGUUCCAGAGGAAGAUGGCGAGCCUCGAAUUGGGGAGCGUCUGUGUCCGCACCUUCGCCCUGCAGAUCGUCUCCAGCGAGGUCCGCGACCGGCUGCUGCCGCUGCUGGCCUCCGUCUCCACCGUCGACAUGCAGGACGUUUUCCGCCGCUUCUCCUUUGACAGCAUCUGCCGGAUCUCCUUCGGGGUGGACCCGGGAUGCCUCGAGCUCUCUCUCCCCAUCUCCGAGUUCGCCGCCGCCUUCGACACCGCCACCAGGCUCUCCGCCAGCCGCGCCGCCGCCACUUCGCCCCUCGUGUGGAAGGUCAAGCGGCUGCUGAACGUCGGGUCCGAGAGGGAGCUGAGGAAAUCCAUCCGGCUGAUCAACGUCCUCGCCGAAGAGGUCAUCCGGCGGAGAAGUAAUCUUAAGCUGGGUUCUUCUGCCUCUGCCUCUGCCUCUGCCUCUGCAUCUUCUUCUUCCCCCUCCUCCCUCGCCUCUUCCGCCACCGGCCAGGACCUGCUCUCCAGAUUCAUGGGCUCCAUCCACGACGACAAGUACCUGCGCGACAUCGUCGUCAGCUUCCUGCUGGCCGGCCGGGAUACGGUGGCCUCCGCCCUCACCUCCUUCUUCUACCUCCUCUCCGACCACCCGGAGGUGGAGGAGGCCAUCCUGGAGGAGGCUGCCCGCGUCAUGGGCGCCGGCGCCGGCGCCAUCCCCUCUUGGGACCAGCUCCGGGAGAUGCAUUACACCCACGCCUCCAUCUACGAGUCCAUGAGGCUCUACCCGCCAGUGCAGUUCGACUCCAAGUUCGCCGUCGAGGACGACCUCCUCCCAGACGGGACCUUCGUGGGGAAGGGCACCAGGGUCACCUACCAUCCCUACGCCAUGGGAAGGAUGGAGGAGGCCUGGGGGAGCGAUUGCCUCAAGUUCAGGCCCGGCCGCUGGCUCUCGGAUAAGGGAACCUUCGUGCCGGAGAGCCCCUUCAAGUACGCCGUGUUCCAGGGCGGCUCGAGGGUCUGCCUCGGCAAGGAGAUGGCCGUGAUGGAGGUAAUGUGCGUCGCCGUGUCCAUCGUAAGGGAGUUUCAGGUUAGGACCCACCACUCCCGCCUUCCGCUCAAGUUCGCCCCCGGCCUCACCGCCACCGUCAGCGGAGGCCUGCCCGUUCGCGUCACCCGCCGGCGGGAGGCGGCCUCCUCAAGAUAA